AUGGAGAUCGAAAAUUCUACUACAUCAUCUACUUUGCCAACAACUGCUGUUCCCACUUCACCAACUACCUUAACAACAACCACGCCCGAAACUACACCCUGUACUUUACCACCUACGCACCCAACAUCUACUGUUCCCACUUCACCAACUACCUUAACAACAACCACGCCCGAAACUACACCUUGUACUUUACCACCUACGCAUUCAACAACUACUGUUCCCACUUCACCAACUACCUUAACAACAACCACGCCCGAAACUACAACGUCUACUUUACCACCUACGUAUCCAACAACUACUGUUCCCACUUCACCAACAACCUUAACAACUACGCCCGAAACUACAACGUCUACUUUACCACCUAUGCAUCCAACAACUACUGUUCCCACUUCACCAACUACCUUACCAACAACAACGCCCGAAACUACAACGUCUACUUUACCACCUACGCACCCAACAACUACUGUUCCCACUUCACCAACUACCUUAACAACAACCACGCCCGAAACUGCAACGUCUACUUUACCACCUACGUAUCCAACAACUACUGUUCCCACUUCACCAACUACCUUAACAACAACCACGCCCGAAACUACAACGUCUACUUUACCACCUACGUAUCCAACAACUACUGUUCCCACUUCACCAACUACCUUAACAACAACCACGCUCGAAACUGCAACGUCUACUUUACCACCUACGUAUCCAACAACUACUGUUCCCACUUCACCAACUACCUUAACAACAACCACGCCCGAAACUACAACGUCUACUUUACCACCUACGUAUCCAACAACUACUGUUCCCACUUCACCAACUACCUUAACAACAACCACGCCCGAAACUGCAACGUCUACUUUACCACCUACGUAUCCAACAACUACUGUUCCCACUUCACCAACUACCUUAACAACAACCACGCCCGAAACUACAACGUCUACUUUACCACCUACGUAUCCAACAACUACUGUUCCCACUUCACCAACUACCUUAACAACAACCACGCUCGAAACUGCAACGUCUACUUUACCACCUACGUAUCCAACAACUACUGUUCCCACUUCACCAACUACCUUAACAACAACCACGCCCGAAACUACAACGUCUACUUUACCACCUACGUAUCCAACAACUACUGUUCCCACUUCACCAACUACCUUAACAACAACCACGCCCGAAACUGCAACGUCUACUUUACCACCUACGUAUCCAACAACUACUGUUCCCACUUCACCAACUACCUUAACAACAACCACGCCCGAAACUACAACGUCUACUUUACCACCUACGUAUCCAACAACUACUGUUCCCACUUCACCAACAACCUUAACAACAACCACGCCCGAAACUACAACGUCUACUUUACCACCUACGUAUCCAACAACUACUGUUCCCACUUCACCAACUACCUUAACAACAACCACGCUCGAAACUACAACGUCUACUUUACCACCUACGUAUCCAACAACUACUGUUCCCACUUCACCAACUACCUUAACAACAACCACGCCCGAAACUACAACGUCUACUUUACCACCUACGUAUCCAACAACUACUGUUCCCACUUCACCAACUACCUUAACAACAACCACGCCCGAAACUACAACGUCUACUUUACCACCUACGUAUCCAACAACUACUGUUCCCACUUCACCAACUACCUUAACAACAACCACGCUCGAAACUGCAACGUCUACUUUACCACCUACGUAUCCAACAACUACUGUUCCCACUUCACCAACUACCUUAACAACAACCACGCCCGAAACUACAACGUCUACUUUACCACCUACGUAUCCAACAACUACUGUUCCCACUUCACCAACAACCUUAACAACAACCUCGCCCGAAACUACAACGUCUACUUUACCACCUACGUAUCCAACAACUACUGUUCCCACUUCACCAACUACCUUAACAACAACCACGCUCGAAACUACAACGUCUACUUUACCACCUACGUAUCCAACAACUACUGUUCCCACUUCACCAACUACCUUAACAACAACCACGCCCGAAACUACAACGUCUACUUUACCACCUACGUAUCCAACAACUACUGUUCCCACUUCACCAACUACCUUAACAACAACCACGCUCGAAACUGCAACGUCUACUUUACCACCUACGUAUCCAACAACUACUGUUCCCACUUCACCAACUACCUUAACAACAACCACGCCCGAAACUACAACGUCUACUUUACCACCUACGUAUCCAACAACUACUGUUCCCACUUCACCAACUACCUUAACAACAACCACGCCCGAAACUGCAACGUCUACUUUACCACCUACGUAUCCAACAACUACUGUUCCCACUUCACCAACUACCUUAACAACAACCACGCCCGAAACUACAACGUCUACUUUACCACCUACGUAUCCAACAACUACUGUUCCCACUUCACCAACUACCUUAACAACAACCACGCUCGAAACUGCAACGUCUACUUUACCACCUACGUAUCCAACAACUACUGUUCCCACUUCACCAACUACCUUAACAACAACCACGCCCGAAACUACAACGUCUACUUUACCACCUACGUAUCCAACAACUACUGUUCCCACUUCACCAACUACCUUAACAACAACCACGCUCGAAACUGCAACGUCUACUUUACCACCUACGUAUCCAACAACUACUGUUCCCACUUCACCAACUACCUUAACAACAACCACGCCCGAAACUACAACGUCUACUUUACCACCUACGUAUCCAACAACUACUGUUCCCACUUCACCAACUACCUUAACAACAACCACGCUCGAAACUGCAACGUCUACUUUACCACCUACGUAUCCAACAACUACUGUUCCCACUUCACCAACUACCUUAACAACAACCACGCCCGAAACUACAACGUCUACUUUACCACCUACGUAUCCAACAACUACUGUUCCCACUUCUCCAACUACCUUAACAACAACCACGCCCGAAACUGCAACAUCUACUUUACCACCUACGUAUCCAACAACUACUGUUCCCACUUCACCAACUACCUUAACAACAACCACGCCCGAAACUACAACGUCUACUGAGCCACCAACCACUCUGACCCCUACAUGUCCUCCCACAACAUCAUCUAAUUUGCCACCGACUACUCUUUCGACUUCGUCGACUACCUUAGCAACAACCACAGCUACUUUAGAACCCACUACUGUAUCACCAAAAAUUCCUCCAUAUACACCUAAGCCACCAUGCCCAUCACCUAGUUCAUGUUGUCCUUAUCCGGUGCACGUUCCUAAUUAUCCUUUUGCUUUCCCAUAUCCUCAUGGUUUCCAAUAUCUUUAUCCUUUGCCGUAUCCUCAACUCUUCCCAUAUCCUUAUCAAUAUCCUCAAUCCAGCAGGUAUAGUGGUAUGGCAACACAACCGAAUACGUACGAAAUCUUUUCUGAGUCACUGUGAUCGAUCACUUUCUGUAUUUCGUUGGUGGUAUCGUAAUUUUAAGUAUUUGUGAUUUUAGAAAUAAUGAUUUUCUAGACAUGCGUCCAAUGGAGGAGCUGGUAGAAAAAGUAUAAUAUGCUUUUCUAGACUAGAAGUAAAUACAUGUGUAGCUUUAUUUUUAAGACGACAGGGGUUCAUUGAAGAAUAAAUAAGUUGUGCUUUUUGUUUAAGUUUUUGUUUUCACAUUUAAUUGCUUCAUUUAAAAUAUUAAAAUAAAUAAUUGGCGAGUACACUUCUGUUAGGUGUUUGGCAGACCUUCUCCAACGACGCGUUGUGGAGAUCAAUGAAUGAGGAACCCAUCCUAGGCAUGGCAAAUUAAUUGCAGAAAGGGGCGGUGCAUAAGUCCCACGCUUAAAAAACUAUCAGAUAGCAUUACGAAAAUGGCACUAGGCUGGAACCCCCAAGAGAGCAGAGCUCGCAGUCGGCCAAAGAAUACUUGGAGAAGGUCGAUGAUGCGCAAGCUGGCAGAUGCCGGCAUCACAUGGGACUGCGCAAAAACAACAGCUCAGAACCAUGUACGAUGGAAUAGUCUUGUCGAGUCCCUCUGCUUUCGAGAAGAGUGAACAAGGAAAAAAGUGCUACCAAUUAAUGAUUUGAGUAGUUAAGUCAAGUUGCCUCGGAAGAUGAGCACCGAUUUCAUAGUACCUGUAGGAGCAGGCAAAUGAUGUAGCAUAAUUUGUUGGUCUCACAUCUCUGCGCACACUACGAAAUAAGAUCAACUAUUUACCAUAGUAAUAGGACUAUGAAUAAGUUCGUGCGGUUUUACAACAGAUGGCGUAACUUGAUUAUUAUUCCAUCGAUCCACAUUUCCAAACAUUCAUUGGAGAGCUACUGUCGUAAGGCACAAACGUCAGUAUAAGUUUUUUAUUUGAAGCGUAAACAACAAUAUUUUUACCACACUUGAAAAUGUCGAAUUUCGUGCCAAAUAAUGUGUUUUUGCGGGGAAUUCUUCUUCAUUAUUUUAAUAUGAAGAAAAAAGCAGGCGAAAGUCAUCGUAUCUUGGUGGAAGUUUAUGGUGAGCAUGCUCUAUCUGAGCGAACGUGCCAGAAGUGGUUUGCACGCUUUAAAAGUGGUGAUUUUGGCUUGGAAGACGAAGAACGCGAGGGUGCGCCGCCAAAGUUCAUGGAUACCGAA